AUCAAAGUCGUCUGGCAAAUACCAUGUCCUUUUCGUUCAACAAAUGCAUACCAAGAAAGAAAAUAUCCCUAUUUUUGUCCUUCUCAAUUAUUAUGUAUUAUUCCAAUAUACAACUACAUAAUCAUUCUGUUGAAAAGUAGUCUUAAACAAACAUUUGAUGUUUUUAAAUCACCUGUCAACUGUAUUAUCAUCAUGCAUUCGCUCAUCUCUGAAUUAUAUUACUCCUACCUCCAAUCAUUACCCUCUUCCUCCCCUUCACCUGUUGUUCUUCCUCUCAACUAGCAUGGAAAACCCACGCCAAUACAUAGUGCUAUUCCCGUUCAUGUCGCAAGGCCAUUUCAUUCCCUUUCUAGCCUUAGCCCAACUCUUAGAGCAAAAGGGCUUCUCCAUUGUCUUUGUCAGCACACCUCUCAACGUCAAGAACCUUCAAAAGUCUCUUUCUCCAACCUCCGUCAAAUUUGCCGAAAUCUCCUACAACGCCGCCGACCACGGCUUCCCUCCCAACGCCGAGAACACCGAUUCACUUCCCAAUGACCUCAUUAUCCCCUUCAUCAAUGCCACUCCUUCUCUUAAACUCCCCUUCCGAACUCUACUCUCCGAUCUUAUCAGCAGCGGCCAAAAGCCACUAUGUGUGGUGUCUGACUUCUUGUUCGGAUGGGCUGCUGAUGCAGCCCACGAGUUCGGGAUAUUUCAUUUGAUUUUCAGUGUUACGGGUGGAUUUGGGAUGGCUUGUUACUGUUCCAUGUGGCUGAAUUCACCCCACAGGAACAGUCAGAGUGUUGAGUUUCUGCUGCCUGAUUUUCCCGAAGCCGGAAACAUUCAUAUUACCCAAGUGACCCCUGCUAUGCUGGUGGCGAUGGAGAAAGAUCCCUUGACGAAUUUCCAGCGGAAAAAUGUCCUCUCAUGGGCGAAUUCAGAUGGUCUUCUCCUCAAUACUGUUGAAGAGCUGGACAAACUUGGUGUACUGUAUUUUCAGCGUAAAUUAGGGAUUCCGGUUUGGGCAAUCGGGCCUCUGUUAUUAUCAGAAAAGGACAGAUCAAGAACCGGUAGAUUAUCAACAAUCAGUACCGAAGAUUGCAUCCAAUGGUUGGACCAAAAAGAGCCAAAUUCCGUGAUAUACAUAUCUUUUGGCUCACAGAAUACAAUCCCUGCAUCGCAAAUGAUGAAGCUGGCGAAGGCCCUGGAAUCCAGCGGCAGAAAUUUCAUAUGGGUUGUCAGGCCGCCAUUUGGAUUCGACAUAAAUGCAGAGUUCCAAGCGGAAGAAUGGCUGCCGGAAGGAUUUUUGCAGCGGAUUCAUGAACAAGACAGAGGGUUAAUUAUCAGCAAAUGGGCACCCCAGGUGGAGAUUUUGGCUCACAAAUCUGUGGCUGCAUUUAUUAGCCACUGUGGAUGGAAUUCAGUGCUCGAGACAAUGAAGUACGGGGUGCCAGUGAUUGCUUGGUCUAUAGCAGCUGACCAGCAUUACAAUGCAAAGUUCUUGGUGGAGAAGGCCGGAAUUUGUGUGGAAGUGGCCAGAGGGAUUAGCUUUGAAGUCAUGUCAGAGGAUAUUGUAGAUAAGAUAGAAUUUAUGAUGGGCGAAGGAGAAGGGAUGAGAAGAAAAGCGUGUGAGAUCAAAGAAACAAUCAAAGACGCCAUGAGAGAUGAGGAGAGUUACAGGGGCUCUUCUGUGAAAAAUGUGGAAGAGUUCAUUGCUGCUGCUUACACCAAAUAAUCAGUGCAGCUACGAAGAGACCUUCCAUGGUUUUCACAGAGGAACCAUUGUAAUCUCCAUCAUCCCUUACGGCAUCUCUCAUGAUCUCUUUAACCUCACAAGCUUUCCUCCUAAUUUCUUUUGCUUUCUCGUUUUCACCCAUCACCAACUCAAUCUUUUCCAUAAUAUCUUUCUCCUUUAUCUCGAAACUAGUCCCUCUAGCCACUUCCACGCACACUCCAACCUCCUCGACCAACCACUUUGUAUUGUAAAAUUGAUCAGCGUGCAUCGGCCAACCAUUUUUCAGUGAUUCCAGCACUGAAUUCCAUCCACAAUGGUGUUGUGUUACCUGCAAGAAAAAGAAGGGGAAGACGAAGAUAGAGGGGGU